ACUCAAUUUAUCAUAGCAGGGAAGUCUCGUAGUUGAAAAAAGCGGUUAAUUGAAAAAAAUGCAUGGGUACACUUGGGCUGUGUACAUUACAAUUUUAUAUGAUACAUAAGUAUACUAAUUCAUAUAUCACCAGUGGAUUUCGAAGCCGUUAUGUGCUUGAAAAAAGUAGGCUAAGUCACAGAAGAAUGGGGAAGUUAAAAUGGUGAGAAUCUUAUGCAAGGGGAAAUCAGACUAACACAAACCAAAUAGACGCUGUCAUCUCGUCUUUUACUUAGUUUUUAUGACAGAGGUGAACAACUCUGUUGAGAUGGAUUCUGAACAAAACUUGGACCACAGCCUGAGACUGGCCAGUGGAAGCAUCAGUUCGGUGUUGGAGAGAGAUCUCUUGAGACCUUCUGGCACGGGCAACAGCCUCAGGUUCAUCUGCAUGUUUCAGGAGAGACUAAAAGAUACCAGAAGAGACUUCCAGCCAGAAGAGAGCCAGGACUCUGUGCUGGUACAUCUGCCAGCUCGGUGCAGUGUGUAUCAGCUACGUAUACGUAUCUGCAUGUUGGUACAGGACAACAGCCUCGUCUCAGAGCCACUUGCUAUCCUGGAUCCUGAAAGAUAUAUGCUACUCUACAAGAAGGGGGACAACUGGUAUGAGAUUUAUGAUGAUUUCCAGGUCCUUCAGACACUUGAUGCAGAGUGGUGCCAGGAUACCCAGGAUGUAAGGACGUACAAAAUUUUAGUGUCACACUGCCCUGCUGACACAGAGGAGAGGCAGAGCACUCAGAAGAUGCUAACAGAUCUGAUUGGAUAUGACCUCAGCACUGCAACUACUGACAGGCUGAGUGAGCUAAACUUCACGCGCAGGAAGUUUGCCGCUCCUCGUAGGGAGGAGUUGCAGAGACGUGACCCUAGGGUCUAUGCCUUAGAGCCUUGGACCACUUCAGUUCCCCUCAUAAUGGAUCAACCAUCUCAGUUUAACCAGGCACUCCCUGUCACCCUCUACUACAGAGACAUAAGCUUCAAGCUAAAGGUGGACAUCCAAAUGCCUGCUAACAAUAUGCUCAAGGUCUUUGAAGAGAUAAUGUUUGAAAAUUGCCACACUUUGGAAUGUGUGAUUGAUGAUCUUGUGCUGAAAGUUUGUGGGAGGGAGGAGUUCAUCUCAGGAGAGUCACAGCUUUCAGAUUUCCUAUGGGUGCGGCAUUGUUUGAAGACUUUGCAGGAGAUGCACCUGUCCGUUCUCCCAUUAACUUCCCUUGAGAAAGACACAGUGAGGAUGGAGGUCUUGCCUCUGGUGGACAGCUUUACUGGGCUCUCCAGCUCUCACAACGAUCUUACUCUGGCAAACAAAGAUGUGGAUGAUGUGCUGAUGAUAUCAUUGUGGGAUUGUGAGAGAAAGUUCAGGGUCAAGCUGCUGGGGUUUGACAUCCCCCAUCUCCCAUGUAGUGACCCUCAGAAUGUCUAUGUUGAGGCAUCUAUCCUGUAUGGUAAUAAGGUAGUCUCCUCAGUCUGUUCCACUACAAAGCCCUUUGCAGAGGAAGUUUUCUGGAACAUGUGGCUUGAGUUUGAUGUACCACUGAAAGCUCUCCCAAGUGGUUCAAGACUGGGACUCACAAUCAACUCAAUUUCCCUUGACAGAAAAUCCAACAGGGAGUCCAAGUCUUCGUCCAUGGGAGGGAAGUUGCCAGAUUACCAGAAAGGAAAGUUAAAGCCACUGUACUUUGUGAACCUUUUACUCAUUGACCAUAAAUCUGUCUUGAGACAAGGUUUGCAUAGCCUUCACAUGUGGGCUUUUCCUGAAGAAGAGGCCUCUUCCCUGUUAACUUAUGAAGCUGACAAGCUGUCCUCUGCUGCCAACCCAGACCAGGUGAAUUCCAUGGCCAUCACAUUCCUCUUGGACCGGUACAGCUAUCCAAUUGUCCUUCCUAACAGCACCUCCUCUCAUGGGCCCUGCUCAUCUACCACAGCCUCAGAUGGUGAUGAGGCAGGCGAUGCGACCACGUCCCCAUUGUCCAUGUUGGGUGAUGCUGCUAGCCUAAAGAAGCUGAAGACACAAAGUGUACACUACAGCGCCCACCUACCCCAGUACCUCAGAAAGGUGAACUUGCUGAAGCCACUUGCUGUGCAGGAUAUCCACUGGUUGCUGCGCAACUGGGAUCCAAAGGAUCUGGAUGUUCCCACUGCCUUGGAAUUGCUAAGUGUGGAUUUUGCAGACGAACAAGUCAGGAAGCUGGCAGUUCAGAAACUGGAGACCCUGUCCAAUGAUGACAUACUUAGGUACCUUCUGCAGUUGGUGCAGACCUUGAAAUUCGAGCCUUAUCAUGACAGCUUUCUAGCCAGAUUCCUCAUCCAAAGAGCACUUAGAAGUAAAAGAAUAGGCCAUUACUUUUUCUGGUAUCUGAGAAGUGAGGUAACUGGGUCUCCAUACUUCCGGCAACGCCUGGCAGUGGUGCUGGAGGCAUACCUGCUGGGAUGUGGCCAGGCCAUGCUGGACAGCUUCCUGCGACAGGUGCAGCUGGUGGAGUCACUGCAGAACGUAGCCAUUGAAAUGAACAAACUCUUCCGUGACAAGACUGACCUCCCACCAAAUGCUGCUGCAAUGCUGCAGGACAUGCUACGUACCUGCAACCUCCCUGCCGACUUUCAAGUGCCAUUUGACCCCCGUGUCAGGGCAGGGGCCAUACUGCUGGAAAAAUGCAAGGUUAUGCCUUCCAAGAAGAAGCCCCUGUGGCUGGAGUUUUCCUCUGCAUGCUCACAGGGUCCUCCAAACCCAGCUGUGGGCAUCAUCUUCAAGCAUGGUGAUGACCUACGCCAGGACAUGCUGGUCAUUCAGACACUGAUGAUUAUGGAUUCAAUCUGGAAAGAAAAAUCACUUGAUCUGAACCUGGUGCCCUAUGGCUGUAUCGCCACAGGAUAUAACAUAGGUAUGAUUGAAAUAGUGAGGGAUGCUGUCACCAUUGCCACUGUGCAGCGCAGCAUGGGUGGCACAAGUGGGGCCUUCAAAACUGAUGCCCUAUUCGAUUGGCUGAAGGGGAGGAACCUCCUGCAAGAAAUACACUAUAACGCCAUGGAAAGAUUUGUCACUUCCUGUGCUGGAUACUGUGUGGCCACCUACGUGCUGGGGAUUGGUGACCGGCACAACGACAACAUCAUGAUCAUGGAUCAGGGUAAAGAGUGGCAAUGGGUGGGGUGCUCUGCUAAAAAGCAGUGUGAAACAGCAGUGAUGGCAGACAUGAAUUACUGGUCAGGGCAACAAGGAAAUCUCUUCCACAUCGAUUUUGGGCACAUCAUGGGUAACACCAAGCGAUUUCUGGGAUGGAACCGUGAGAGAGUUCCAUUUGUCCUGACGCCAGACUUCCUGUACAUCAUGGGCAGAGUGGACAAGAAGUCCAGUCUGUACUUCCAAAGGUUCACGGAUACCUGCAUUCAGGCCUACCUGGCCCUGCGAUGUCACUCCCAUCUGCUGGUCACGCUCUUCUCCCUUAUGCUGCUGACUGGGAUCCCUGAGCUCAGUUGUGCGCAGGACAUAAGCUACCUGCGGGAGGCUCUGCAGGAGGGCCGCAGUGAGAAGGAGGCUGCCAACCACUUCCUGCAGCAGAUCUCCACUUGUGAGCAGAAGGGCUGGACUGUGCAGACCAACUGGUGGAUCCACAUGAUGUUGGGCAUCAAGGGCUGAGAUGGGCCAUCGUCUGAUCUCCUCAGGGCCAAACGUCCACUUAUACUUUCGGUUCCACCCUCAACAUCCAUGGUUUGUAAUAUUAAACAUAAUUUUUGAAGAAUAGUCAGGUAAUAUGUAGAAUUUCUGGAGGCGUAAAUUUGCUGUACAGCAUGCGCUAAAACUGUAAUCAUAUUAAGUAAACUGACGUCAGCCUCGUUGGUGCAAUAUUGCCUCAAUUAUCCUUCAUAGCUGGAAAAUGACUUAAUGUAUCAGAAAAAUUAACCUUUCCCUUGUUUCUUUUGUACUGUCUGUAAUCACACACGGGAAGAAUUUAAGCACAAUCAUUCAAGCCCUUGUGAAAAGCCCAAAAGAAUGAGCAUUAUGAGUUAUUGUAAAGCUUACAAUUUCUAUUUUGCUUUACCAAAAUAAUUUGAUUUUGGGAAAAGUAAAAACUGGCUGACUGCAGUAUAAGAAAAUUGAAGGCAAAAUGAAUUUCUAUUUUGAAUUGAACAAAUCUGCUUAUAAAAAGUGUCACAAAGUAUGUUUCACCAGCUGUCUCUCUCUAGGAAAUAGAGGUUUGCUGCCAACACACUGGGCCUAAAUUGGUUGUGUUGCUCCUGGCUUUACACACAGUUCUGAUGAGUGUUUGUUUUUAUUAAUUACUAUGAACAUAUUCAUGUUUUUGUUAGGUUAGCAGAAAGAGAUUUAUACAUAAUUAGCAUGUGGUUUUGACAAUGAUUUUUAAAUCUACUUGUUUGGUGAAAUUGUGGUAAUUAGCUAAAUCAAUAUUUUUAUCUUUUUGCAAGAGCAUUCUCACUGACCCAUUCAGUUUUAAAUCCUGCUGUUAUGUCUCUGGUUAAGUCAUUUGUCUGUAGAUCCACUGUGCUCCACAUCCAUAGAAUAGCAGUUUAGAUUUAUCCCUCUGUUUAUGAGAAUACAGUCAGUAAACAUGCCUUGUAUUUCUACAUGGCCAGGGAUAUGGAAUUCACGAGAGUAAGACGCUGACUGGUCCUGGUCCUGGCUAUAUCUGGAAGUACUUCUGUUAGAAAAUGCAACAACCCAAAUCUGCAUCACUGAUAAUCAGAUGCAUGUUGAUAGGUAAUAUGAGGUAUACUUUCUUUGUUCCGGUGUCAAAUUCCGACUGCACCAGUGCCCGUGCCGGUUGUGUCCAGUAGCAUGGCGGAUUCUAGCAUCACCCAGGAGUGGGAGGGCUUCAGCUGACCAGGCUUAUAGCAUCUCACUGCGCACCGGUGAACUCUGCUGGUCAGUUGGACACCCACAAGUUCAGCUUGAGGUGUCUUCCUCCAGUUCACGUCUCUGUCUGUCCAACUUGCUAACUGUGGUGUGAUGAGAAGCAGAAGCAGAAGUUUCAGAGGAAAGCACAUGCGGUGACAAAAAUACGAUUUGACACUCAAAAUUGUGAGCAAAAAGGGGGGAGACAUAAGAAAGAUAAGGUAAAUAUUAUUGUACAUGUUAAAUCCAAAUAAGAAUUCAACUGAUAACCUAUCUGAAGGUUAGGUAGGGUCUUAUUGAAUCACCACUGCCUCGGAGAGCUUUUUUCUUUGUCAGCACAACAACAUGGGUGCAGUUUAAAUUUACACCACUAGGUGACACCUAUUCUUGGGUAUAACUCCGAAUCCCUACUGACUGGAUUGCCAACACCCAGAGAGCAUGGAAUAAUGUCUUUUCCACAAAUUCAUGUUGUUUUUAUGCAAUUAAAUAUCAAUUGUAUGGUUCGUAUUUAACAUGAAUAAUGUUUUUUCUUAUCACUGUAUUUAUCCUCUUAUUCUGUUCACACUUUUGUGCUAAGCUGCAGUACUUUAGAUUCAAAUUAAAAUGAGUUGUUUUACUGCUUUGGAAUAUCCUGAUUGUAAAUUGAAAUAAAUGGAAUUAUCUCAG